AUGCGUUUUUCUCGGUCCAGUUUACAAGUCCCAACAACGAUAACAGUUUUAAAAUAUGAAGGUGAAACAAUUAAUUUAAAUAUAAAUGAUUUGGAUAUACAACAACUAUUGGGUAGUGGAGAAUACGGUAUAGUUUCUUAUGCAACACUUCGAAGCGAUCCAAAUAUUAAAAUGGCUGUUAAAAGAAUUCGGUUAGAAACCAACGACGAAAAACGUUUGUCAACAUAUACCGAUUUAACAACAAUUGAACGUGUUGGUACAAAAUUACACCCAUAUAUUGUCAAAUAUUUUGGAUCAAUUAUUGACAAAGUCGAGGGUGAUCUACUUAUUUUUAUGGAACUGAUGGAUACAUCCAUGGAUAGAUUUUAUCGGACGGUGCAUGAACGACAAGACUUGGAUUUACUCGAUUUAAUAUUACGACGUGUGACAUUCAGUAUUGUUUCAGCUUUGAAUUUCCUCAAAUAUCAUCGUAUUCUUCAUCGAGACGUUAAACCACAAAAUAUACUUGUCAAUCGGCAAUGUCAAUUUAAAUUAUGUGACUUUGGUAUUUGUGGUUAUUUUACCAAUUCAAAAUCGGUAACAUCAUCAUUCAAGGGUACAAAUGUCUACCUGCCGCCAGAACGAAUGAAAGAUAACGUUGAACCGUAUGGAAUCCGUUCGGAUAUCUGGGCAUUAGGUAUCAGUCUUGUUGAAAUAGCGAAUGGAAAACAGCCAUUUUUGGGUAUACAAAUUUUCGAUUUGGCUGAUCUAAUUCAAACAUGGAUACCUAAUAUUGAUGAUAAAUUAAUAUCAUUUGCGUUAAAAGAACUUAUUCUCUAUCUAUUAAAAACAGAUUAUCGACUGCGACCGAUGUCCUAUGAUGAAAUACUUGGAAUACCAAUUUUACAAAGUGUUCAUGCAAUACCAUCAAACGUUGAAAUGAAUUAUAUUACACACAUUAUUAAUAAUAUUGUUCCAUGA